AUGGAACUCCGAGGAAUUCAAAGAGACAUUAUUAAUUUAAGCAUCCUCAUUAAUUCUUUUUACCACCUCUGUCAACUCAAUUAUGCAUUUUCCGUAUUGGCCAAGAUUCUCAAGAUAGGUUAUCAGCCUGAUACCGUAACUUUGACUACACUUUUGAAAGGUCUUUGUAUUAAUAACGAAGUUAAGAAAGCAUUGCAUUUUCAUGACGAUGUUAUAGCUAAGGGGUUUCGUCUUGAUAAUGUUAGUUAUGGAACGUUGAUCAACGGGUUAUAUAAACUUGUAGUUGAUGCGUAUGAUUUAUAUUGUGAGAUGGUUGUCAAGAGAAUUUUUCCUGAUGUUGUCACGUAUAAUACUCUAAUAUAUGGUUUUUGUAUUGUGGGUCAAUUGGAAGAUGCUAUUCGUUUGUUUAAUGAAAUGAGAUUGAAAAACAUUGUCCCAAAUGUUUGUAGUUUUAAUAUAUUGAUCGAUGGUUUAUGUAAGGAAGGUGAUGUGAAAGGAGGUAAAAGUGUUUUGGCUGUUAUGAUAAAACAAAGUGUGAAACCUGAUGUUGUUACUUGUAGUUCUUUAAUAGAUGGGUAUUUCUUGGUUAAAAAAGCGAACAAGGCUAGAUAUAUAUUCAACGCUAUGGCUCAAAACGGAGUGACUAUUGAUCUUCGUAGCUACAAUAUAAUGAUUAAUGGAUUAAGUAAGGCUAAAAUGGUGGAUGAAGCUGUGAUUCUCUUUAAAGAAAUGCAAUUCAAAAGUAUGACUCCUGAUACUAUAACAUACAGUACCCUUAUUGACGGACUUGGCAAAUUGGGAAGAAUCUCUUAUGUUUGGGAUCUUAUAGAUGAGAUGCGUGCUACAGGUCGGUCAGCUAAUGUGAUCACAUACAGUUCUUUAUUAAAUGUUUUGUGCAAAAGUGGUCAUUUUGACACGGCAAUUAGAAUAUUUACAAAGAUCAAAGACAAAGGAUUUGAGCCAAAUAUGGUUACAUACAAUAUACUUGUUGAUGGACUGUGCAAAAAUGGAAGACUUAAGGAUGCACAAGAGAUUUUUCAUGAUCUUCUGAUUAAGGGCUAUCGUUUAGAUGUUAGACUGUACACUGUGAUGAUUAAUGGGCUUUGUAGAGAGGCUCUUUUUGAUGAAGCAUAUGGUUGCACUCCUAAUGCAGUAACUUAUGAAAUUAUCAUUCGCGCUUUGUUCAAAAAUGACAAGAAUAAAUUGCAGUGA